AUGCUUUACACCAAGAACCCCCUGACCAGCCUGGCGGGCACCAUGCUCUCUGCUCUCUUGCUCUUCAGCAGCCUUGCCCAAGCCGUCCCCCUAUCCCCGGAAUCAGCCCCCGUCUACAUAGCGAAACGCGCGGUUGCCAAACGCAUCAUCCUCUGGGACUACAGCCUAACCCGCGACCUGGCCGCCUACCCAGCCAUCCAGGCCAGCGCCAACUCCCUCGCAAACUCCCCCGUGGUCACGACCAUCGUCAACUGGGAGACCUGGCGCCCGACCGAACUGCAUUCAAACCUGCAGUUCGAGCCUACCGUGCGGACCCCGGCCUACCUCUCCGGUGACGACUGGAACCGCGUGCUCAGCGCGUCGUCCUCGACACAGGGGCUCAUGGUGCACCUCUACAACGAGCCCGAGCGCCAAUCCGUCAGCGUCGCGGACGCCCUCGCAGCAUGGAGGAACACGAUGCUCCCGCUGCGCGCCCAGCACGGCGUCAAGCUAUCCUCUCCAGCCUGUGCCGCCGACGCCGCAGGCACGGCCUGGCUCGAUUCCUUCAUGAGCCAGCUCUCGGCGGCCGAGAAGCCGGACUUUGUCGGGAUUUACUUCUACGCGGACGCGGCCCAAAACGCCGCUGAUGAGGUCCAGAGCGCCCAGGAUUACCUCAACACCCGACACACGAAGUUCGGCAUCCCGAUCGUGAUCCUGGAGAUGGCGAGUACGAGCCGUGACUUUUCUGUCAUGGAUACGUUCACGCGGCAGAUGGUGGCCUGGCUGGAUGGGCAGGACUGGGUUAAUAAGUAUGGCUUCUUUGGCGUUUCGCGUGAGCCGGUGGAUAGCUUCGUGAGCCCGGCGGCGCAGUUGAUGGAUGUCAAUGGGGCCUGGACGGCUCUGGGCCAUUUCUUUACUGGAGUCUGA